AUGGUUAAAACUUUCUUUAUUCAAGAGAGCCGUCGGCUGUUUUUUCAUGGAACAGCUGAUAAAGAAUUUGUGUAGUUUCUUUGGAAACAUCUCGAGGUGUCAAAGCCAGAUCUUACUCAAGCUGUCAGCUUGGUUGUGGAAAGAGAAAAACAAAAAGCUGAAGUGAAGGACAGAAGCAUUUUAGAGGUUUUGCAAGCCAAAGACAGCAAAAUAGAGUCUUUAGAACAGAGGCUCACAGGACAGCAGCAGGAGAUAAACAGCUUAAUGCAGAGAAAAAGUGCUGUGGAUGAGGAAAAUGCCCGUUUGAAGAAUGAAUUCGGUAACUUGAACUGGAAAUUUAAAGAUAAAAGCCAAGAACUUAAGGACACUGAGGAGCCUGCACAGAAGAAGGAAGAGCAAAACAGACUGGUUAUAAAAAACCUGGAGCAGGAAAAUAAGGGAUUAAAUAUAUGCUGUGCCGACCUGCUAAGUGACCUGGAGAAACUGAGGAAGCAGGAGGCACAAUGGAAAAAAGAAAAAUCUGGCAAUGAUACCAGAAUAAAGAAUUUGGAAAUCAAUUUGGCAGAGACAAGAGAUCAAAUAAAAAGUUUGCGCAGUAUAUGCAGUAACUUGUCAUCUCAGGUAGAUGUGAAACAGGAAGAACUUUUCCAAAACCAUUGUGAUGUGGUUGGAGCUAAGAAGAAGUUAGAGGAGCUGCAGAAUCUUUACACAAACAUUGAAGAUAGAACACAGCAGGCUGAGCUGAUAAAGCAGCUAGAGGCUCUCAGUGCUGAUAUACAAAAAGUACUGCAAGACCAUGAAUAUGCUCACACAGCUAAAACAACAUAUCAAAAAAUAAUUCAACAGCCUUCUUUAAGUGAGCUAGAGGACUGUAUUACAGUGCAAGAAUCUGAAAUGGAGCUUUUACAGAAAAAAUUGAAGGAAGGGGAUCCUAACCUAGCAGAGCAUAAUUUGUACACUGCAGAUACUCUGGAAAGCAACAAUAUAAGGACUGGAAAAAAGCACGAGAAACCACCUGUGAAACGUUCAAGGUCUCUGUCCCCAAAGAGCUCUUUUAGAGAGUCAGAGGAGUCUCAAGAAUCUUAUGAGCUAAGAGCAGCCUAUGGAAAACACGAAGAAAGGCUGCAGAUGUUACAGACCAACUACAGAGCGCUAAAAGAGCAAUUAAAGCAGUGGGAAGAGGGCAAUAGCAGCUUUGAAAAUACUAAAAGCAGAUACCAACGCACAAGCUCCUGUCAGCUUUGUCAAGAGGAUUGUGAUGUGAUGUGGAAUGAACUGGCUUUUUUCAAAAGGGAGAACAAGAAGCUGCUGAUUGAGAAACUGAAUCUUAAGAAAGAAUUGGAUCAGAUGAAAAUACACCAUUCUGUAAAGCCAGUUUUUAAACUUAGUGAAGAUAAUGGGGUCAAGGGUAAUACUCCAAAGAGAUAUAUGAGAGAAGUUUCUCAUGAGAUGCUAUAGAACUCAGAAAAAAUUAAAAGAAAAGUUAAGAAUCGAAGCUGUUGAAGAGGAAUUAAAGAAACAGAAGUAAACAAAGACUUACUGAAUUAGAAAGUGUAUUUGAAAGAAUCUUUAAAAGCAAAAGAAGAUGCAGACACAAGAAAAAGAGAGCUGGAAACACUACUUAAGAGGAUUUGUGAGGUAAAAAAAGAAAAAGCAGAACUUCAAUUCAUGAUCGAUGAGAAGGAAAAAGAAGCUGCCUCUUUGAAGAGGCAAGUGACAGAAGCUAACAGGUUGAGAAAUGAAAGUGAAGAUUUGCUGAGUCAAGUGCAGGAGCAGAAGUGUUUGCUGGAUAAAGCCAAAGCAGUGGCAAUCUCUGGGUAAUGUAAUUGCAAGAUAACAGGCACCAAGGUUAAAUUAAAAACAGCCAAGAAAAAGAGCUCUUUGGGACAUCAUGGAGCUUUUCUCAAACAGUCCAUCAAGGUUAUGAGUAAUGUGUUUGAGAACUUCAGUAAGGACGGCUGGGAGGAUGUGAGUGAAAGCAGUGACUCUGAAAUAGCAACGUCUGAAAGUUUGGAAACAGUGAUUAGGAAGACAGUGCAAAACACUGAUCCACUGCCAGACAGAAGUAAACAAGAAGAAAAAAAGCCCUGCAAUGAAAAGGAUUUGAAAACAUUGUUUAUGAGUGUGAAAGAAAGUAUUGCACAAAUGGCAUUAGCCUUAGCAGUUGGGAACACCAGUUUAACAGAAUUCUUUAAUCCAUCCAAAGUAUUUAAGUACCCUACUGUGAGCAGAGCAAAAGGGAGAAAUAUCACUGUCCAGAAACCAGGCAACUCUGUUACUCUAUUGCAGGAAAAAAUUAAGCCACUGCAGAAAGUAGUAGCUGUUGUACAGAGGAAAAGAAAGAAAAUGGUGACUUCCAUUAAAAAUGUUAAACAAACUGAUGAAAAAUUAACAAGUCAGCUACAUUUGGCUGAUCAGAGACAUCAAGUUAAUAAACUGACCAGAGAGAUUUUGACCUCCAACAUGGCCAAGUGGCAACAGGAGAAGGAAGAUCUACAAGGAAAAUUAAAGUUGAGAGAACAUCUGUCUCAAACUGCUGACAAGAGUAAAGCCGCACCAGCUCCUUCAAAGAACAUUGAUUUAGAGAUGAAACAGCUGCAGUGCAAACUAAAGAAUUCGAACGCUGAGAUCGCUAAGCAAUCGACCACCAUUAAGUCGCUGAACAAACGAGUCCAGGCGAAAGAAGGACGGACUCGUGAGCGGCGAGCGGAAAUAUCUGAGUUGGAGAGGGACUUUACUAUGAAAAGACACUUUAUAGAAGACUUAAAGUCUUGCCUAAAAGCAAAUCAAAAAAAUGAGAAAAUCUCAAAUUAAAUAUUGGAAAGUCUUGAGAGAAAGGUGAAGGCACUGGCUGAUGACAAAAAAGCUUCCAUUGACGCAAUGGAACAAAGGUUUAAUGUAGCUAUGAAGGAGACGUCUCGGUAUGAGCAGAUGUAUCACAAAGCCAAGGAUGAUUUGGAGAAAAAGGAUCUCAAGAUUACUAAACUGCAGAGAAAAGUGAUUGAGAUUGAAUAUACUAUGACUGAGCUUGAAUCUGCUGCAUCUCAACAACUACAUGGCUUGACUAAGCAGAGUACACAGGCUUUGGAAACUAUGCAGAAGGAGCUGCUGCUCACUAGUGACAAAGUAGAAGAGUUCAAGACAUUUGUGAAGGCACUAUCCAGAGAGUUACAUCACAGUGUACAAUAGCUGAGAACAAAAAUUAAACUGGCAAAAAUGUGGGAGAUGAAAGCAUGCAAAAAGUGUCUUUUCCAAGAGAGUAUUCAAUUAGCGUCUAUCCUUAAUGUUUCAACAACUGAUCUUUAUGAAAUACUGCAAGAAGGAGAUGAUGAAGUAAGAAACAGCAGAAAUGGAAAAAUGGAAUUUGAAAGAAAUAAAAAAUGGCUACAGCGCAUACAGAAACUUCUUGAAGCACAGUUUCCUUUUGCCUCAUACUUAAUGGAUGCUGUACUGGAAAAAUUAAAUGAGAAGAAGAAAUUGGUAGAAGAGUACAGUUCCCUCAUGAACUCGAGGCACGAUCAGGCCCAAAUAAACUGGCCUGGCCAGAAACGUCUUUUCAGAAAAUCGGCCAACACUGACAUUCUCUCUGCUUUCCUCUCUUGCCCCCGUUACUGCUCCGCCAAUUUUUUUUUCGGGUUCAUUGCCGCGGAUGAUAUCCCGCGGGGACGAGUAUCCCGAUCCCCGCCGGGAAGGCCGCUGAGGCGAGACCGAGCUCCGCGCAGCGAGGAGAAGACCCACGCCCGUGGCCGGGACCGCGGCGGCGGGGGCCGGGUGCCCAUCCCGGGUGUGUCCGCGCCGGACGAGCGCUCCGUCCGCGCGGGUGCGAGCGCCGUCUGCCACAGGAGGGGGCGGGUGCGGGUCCCGGGCCGGCGGUCGUGA